AAACAAUCACACUAGUAUUUCACAUUCCUCCUAUGUUUUUCUUCGUUUCUUAACGAAGCUUUCUCCCUCUUUCAAGGUCGAUAUCGAUCCCAAACUAGUGAGAUUUAGCCCUAAUUUAUCGUAGAAACCUUCUAAUAACCCCUAAGUCGUGAUCUAGUUGCUGCGUUUAACAUAUAGAUAAGCUUUAAGCUCGCGAACUCUUCAGAAUAGUGAUUUCGAUUGAAUUCGUGUUUAAGUUGCGUUUGUGUCUCUGGUUACUCUAAUGCAGAGGCAUAGUUUUUGCAAUCCUCAGGUUUAGCAACCAGGCUUGAGUUAAAUCGAGAAGACUGGGAGCGAUUCUCUAGAUAUGGUGCGGUCGGAGCCUUGUGUUCUGUUCGCUCAGACCUUUGUUCAUCCUCAGUUAGACGAAUAUGUUGACGAGGUGAUAUUUGCUGAGCCAGUAAUCAUCACUGCUUGCGAGUUUUUGGAGCAGAAUGCCUCUUCUUCUUCUCAAGCUGUUUCCCUUCUCGGGGCAACUUCACCUCCAUCAUUUGCAUUGGAAGUGUUCGUUCGAUGCGAAGGAGAAUCAAAGUUUAAGCGACUUUGCAACCCUUUUCUUUACACCCCUUCAGCGCCCUACCCUUUGGAAGUGGAGGCUGUUGUGACAAACCAUCUGGUGGUUAGAGGUAGCUAUCGGAGUUUGAGCUUGAUCGUCUAUGGAAACAUCGUGAAAGAUUUGGGGCAGUACAAUAUCAUUCUUGAAGGUCGUUCUGUAACUGAUAUUGUGAAUUCCACUGAAGGUAAUCUUGAGGACUUGCCAUUGGUAUUGCACUCAGUCAACAGAACAAUAGAGGAAUGUCUAUCAUCUCUGGACAUAGUAUCUUUACCCCUGGCUGCUGUAGAUGUUCCCGUGGAAGUUAAGCGAUUGUUGCAGCUGCUGGUAAAAGUCUUUGACCAGCUAGCUACUGAUGAUGUAUUAAAUAAGUUUGUGGAUACGGUAGUAUCUGGGGUCUCGUCUUAUGUCACAGACAAUGUAGAUUUCUUUUUAAAGAAUAAAAAUUGUACGGCGGUGGCCAGUUCCGUAGAUUCUGGGAUUUUCCAUGAUAUUACUGACAAGGUUAAGAAAGAUAUUCUUGAUCUCAAUGAAAUUCAAGAAUCAGAUGUGCCACUUGGAUCGUCGGAGCUGCUCAGCUUUCUUGAAUCAGAGACUAAUUUGGCCACUUCCCAACAAUUGGUCGAUAUGUUAAGUCCUUAUAUUCAGUUUGAAAGUGAUUCCUUGUGUACUGCCUUUCCACAGCUUUCAAAGGGAAAAGCCACUCUUCUAGGAUUAAGUUUGGCCUUUUUAUUAUGCUCUGGUCGAGAAGGCUGCCUCCAUUUUGUCAAUUCUGGGGGGAUGGAUCAACUUGUAUUUUUGUUUGGUCAUGAUGUUCAGAAUUCGACCACCAUUACUUUGCUGUUGCUUGGAGUUGUUGAGCAGGCUACUCGCCAUGCAGUUGGAUGUGAGGGGUUUUUAGGUUGGUGGCCUCGUGAGGACGGAAGUAUCCCGUCUGGGAAGAGUGAGGGCUACUGUCUUCUGCUGAAAUUACUCAUGCAAAAACCAUGUCAUGAAGUUGCCUCUCUUGCAAUAUAUAUUCUUCAUCGCUUGAGAAUUUAUGAGAUUGUAUCAAGAUAUGAGUUUGCAGUGUUGUCAGCACUGGAAAGUCUCUCCAAUUCUCAUGGGGCUGCAACUCAUAAUCUGAAUAUGCUAUCUGAUGCUAAGUCUCAACUUCAAAAACUCCAGAAGCUGAUGAACUCACUUGGAUCAGUUGAAGAUCCCUCACCAUCAGCCUACGCCGAAAGAAGUUUGGUUUUUGAUCAUUCUGAGGGGUGGUUGUCAUACAAAGCCACAAGUAAACUAACUGCUUCAUGGGCAUGUCCCUUUUCCAACUCUGGAACUGAUUCGCACAUGUUGUCACUUCUGAAGGAGCGAGGGUUUCUUCCUUUGUCAGCAGCACUUCUCUCAAUACCUGGAUUGCAUUCUGAACUUGGAGACAUUCUGGAUGUCUUUACUGAUAUCGCAAUGUUUAUUGGAAACAUCAUUCUUUCACUCAUGUUUUCUCGCACAGGAUUGAGCUUUUUGCUACAUCAUUCACAACUGACUGCUACCAUAAUACAAUCUCUAAAGGGAUCUGUUGAUCUGAACAAGGAGGAGUGUGUCCCUCUGCGCUAUGCUUCAGUUUUGAUAUCCAAGGGUUUUACUUGUAGCUUACUGGAAAUUGGAAUAAAUCUUGAAGUGCAUUUGAGGGUGGUGAGUGCGGUAGAUCGUUUGCUCAAAUCGUCUCCACAAACAGAAGAAUUUCUCGGGAUUUUAUGGGAGCUACGUGAUGUCUCUAGGUCUGACUGUGGGCGUGAAGCUUUAUUGACUUUAGGCGUUUUCCCAGAGGCUUUAGCAGUUUUGAUUGAAGCUUUGAAUUCAGUCAAGGAUACGGAUCCAGCAGUUGAAAAUAGUGGAAUUUCACCACUUAAUCUAGCAAUAUGCCACUCAGCUGCUGAGAUAUUUGAAGUCAUAGUCUCCGACUCAACUGUAUCAUGCUUGCAUGCCUGGAUUGAGCACGCCCCCGUCCUUCAUAAGGCCUUGCAUACUUUAUCACCGGGUGGUUCUAAUCGAAAAGAUGCUCCUUCACGAUUACUUAAAUGGAUUGAUGCGGGUGUAGUUUAUCACAAACAUGGUGUAGUUGGCCUUUUACGUUAUGCUGCUGUCUUGGCUUCUGGAGGGGACGCCCAAUUAUCAUCAUCAAGCAUACUUGCACUGGAUUUAACGUCGGCUGAGAAUGGUGUUGGAGAAUCGUCGAAUGUCUCUGAGAUGAACGGUCUAGACAAUCUCGAAAAAGUUAUCCUUGAAAAAUCUUUUGAAGGUGUUAACCUCUCUGACUCAUCGAUUUCACAGUUGACAACAGCUCUUCGGAUUUUAGCGCUGAUUUCAGAUAAUACAACUGUUGCUGCUGCUUUAUAUGAUGAGGGUGCGGUUACAGUUGUGUAUGCUAUUUUGGUCAACUGCAGCUUCAUGUUUGAGAGAUCGUCUAAUAUUUAUGAUUAUCUUGUUGAUGACGAUCAUGGAUGCAGUUCUAUUUCUGACUUUUUAUCUGAACGGAAUCGUGAGCAAAGCUUAGUGGAUCUGUUAAUUCCUUCCCUUGUCCUUUUGAUAUCUGUUCUCCAGAGACUACAGGAUUCUAAGGAGCAGUACAGAAACACCAAACUAAUGAAGGCUCUCCUAAGGCUACAUCGGGAAGUCAGCCCGAAGCUAGCUGCUUGUGCAGCUGAUUUGUCCUCCCAUUAUCCAGACUCUGCUCUUGGCUUUGGAGCAGUGUGCCACCUCAUUGUGUCUGCCCUUGUCUGCUGGCCAGUUUAUGGAUGGAUGCCCGGGCUAUUCCACUCUCUUCUCACCGGUUUCCAGACAUCCUCUGUUCCUGCAUUGGGUCCAAAGGAAACAUGUAGCUUCCUCUGCAUUCUGAGCGAUAUUCUCCCGGAAGAAGGAGUCUGGUUUUGGAAGAGUGGCAUGCCCUUGUUGAGUGGUCUUAGAAAGUUGGCGGUUGGGACAUUGAUGUCUCCACAGAAGGAGAAACAGAUCAAUUGGUAUCUGGAGCCUGCCCCUCUUGAAAAGCUGCUAAAUUAUUUGACACCUAAUCUUGACAAGAUUGCAAAGAUUAUCCAACAUCAUGCAGUAUCUGCAUUGGUGGUCAUUCAAGAUAUGCUCCGGGUUUUCAUAGUUCGUAUUGCAUGUCAAAGGGUUGAACAUGCUUCCAUCCUUCUGAGGCCCAUAUUUGCAUCUAUCAGAGAGGGUAUAUUGGAUGAGUCCUCAACAAGAGAAACUGAAGCUUAUAAGGUCUACCGAUAUCUUAAUUUUUUGGCUAGUUUAUUAGAGCAUCCGCAAUCGAAGGGAUUAUUGUUAGAGGAGGGUAUUGUUCAACUGCUUGUGGAAGUUCUUCAACGAUGUUAUGAUUCCACUUAUCCAAGUGAAGAUAGGGUUCAAGAAUUUGGAAUUGUGUCCGAGUCUAGUGUGAUUAGGUGGUGUAUUCCAGUUUUCAGAUCGAUCUCAUUGCUUUGCCAUUCGCAAGUGCCUCUCUCGUGCUUUCCAAAGAAAGAGCUAUUGGCUAGUUUGAGUGCAAAAGAUUGUGCAUCAAUUUUCCCCUUUGUGCUGAAGUUCUGUCAGGUGUUGCCUAUUGGCAAUGAGCUCUUAUCUUGUCUUUGCGCUUUCAAAGACCUGGUCUCGUGUAGUGAAGGUCAAGAUUGUCUUGUUUCACUUUUGGUGCAUCUGUUUUCUGGCCUUGAGAACCCUGCGUAUGACACAAAUAAUUUGAGUCUCGAUCAAGUAGAAAUGAAGAAAAAUCCUCCUUUUCUGUCCUGCUGGAUCAAGUUAUUGAACUCAGUUAAUUCAAAAGAUGGGUUAUCAGUUCUUGCAAUAAAGGCAGUAAACGUUCUGAGCGUGAGCUCAAUCAGAUUAUGCAUCGAUGGUAAAAGUUUGGACUCGAAGAAGGUUGCAGCAAUAAAAUCCCUCUUUGGCCUUCCAAGCGAUUUUAGUGAUACAGACACUUUUAGAGUGGAAAACAUUGGUUUGAUUGAACAAAUGGUGACACUGUUGAGUUCAAUGACUUCGGGAUCUGAUACUUCAGCAAUAGCUGAGAUGAAACCCUGUCUGCAUGAGGUAUCACAGUCGUUGCUAUCGUUGCUAAAAGACGGAAACAUUGAUGAUAUUACCUCUAUCAAAAUUGCUCUUGUUUCUACCGAGAAUUUUGAUAUGAAUGAUGUGGACUCUGAAAACAUUGAGGAUGAUUUCCUUCAAAGAGGACUUGAAGACAAGUUCUGGUGGGAAUGUCCAGAAACAUUACCUGAGCGUUUGCCCCAAUCAUCUCUUUCUGCGAAAAGGAAACUACCAACUGUGGAGAGCUCUAGCAGGCGUGCUAAAGGCGAAAACUCUUCUGUUGACAUACCGACCCAAAGUUCAAUUCAACGGGUGGGUUCUGCAUCCCUUCCUCCUGCUCCUACACGUAGAGAUACCUUUAGGCAGCGCAAGACGAAUACCAGCAGGCCUCCCUCUAUGCAUGUUGAUGACUAUGUUGCGAGGGAAAGGAGUAUUGAUACAGCUGGUAAUUCUAAUGCAAUAACCAUUUCACGGGCAGGAUCGAGCAGUGGUAGACCUCCAUCUGUUCACGUUGAUGAAUAUAUGGCAAGAGAAAGACGAGGCCAAAACCCCUCUACCAUUGUGGUUGGAGAGGCUACCGCUCAAGUGAAAACCCCUACUCCUGCUAGAGAAACAGAAAAAGCCGCAGGUAAACCCAAACAAUUCAAAGCAGAUCCUGAUGAUGAUCUACAAGGGAUAGACAUAGUUUUUGAUGGUGAGGAAUGUGAAGGAGCUGAUGACAAGUUGCCCUUUCUUCAACCCGAUGAGAACCUUAUGCAGCCUGCUCCUGUCAUGGUUGAACAAAACUCUCCUCACUCCAUCGUUGAAGAAACCGAGAGUGAUGCAAAUGGGAGUAGUCAGUUCUCCCACAUGGGCACGCCAUUGGCAUCUAACGUUGACGAGAACGCUCAGAGCGAGUAUUCAUCGAGGAUAUCAGUUUCACGACCCGAGAUGUCAUUGAUCCGGGAACCGAGCAUAUCUUCAGACAGGAAAUUUGUUGAGCAGGCAGACGAAACAAACAAGAUGGUUCCGCUGAAGAGCGAGCCUGGGUUUGUGCCUGGUUACAACAACAUUCCAGGAUCUUCAGGACAGAAUCUGAUGGAUCCUAGAGUUGGUCCUCAGGGCUUUUAUUCAAAGAGUAGUCAGCAGCAACAUUCAGGUCAUAUUCAGGGUGGCUUCAGUGGUCGUGGGGUUUAUGAUCAGAAAAUGCUACCGAACCAGCCUCCUUUGCCCUUAGUGCCACCUCCAUCAAGCUCACAUGUGAUGCAACAUUCUUCUGAUUCCCUUUCGAAUCAAUCCUCUCCGUUUAGUCGUGGAACACCGUCUUCAGGAGGAGGACCCAUCAGGCACAUGCCACCGCAUCCGUCAGCAAUUCCUCAAUACUCAUCAAACCCUUAUGCUUCGCUUCCACCAAGGACAUCUACAGUUCAGACGUUUGGAUACAAUCAGGGAGGUGCAGGUACCACCGAACAACAACAACAAAGUGGUCCAGGCAUUGAUCCUCAGCCAGGUACCGGAAUGACCUCUUACCCUCCCCCCAAUUUAAUGCAAUCUGGUUAUAGUAGGCCAUUCUAUGGUAAUCCUAUGCACCAAGGAGGUGAUAAGCAGCAGCAGAACAUGUUGCCGGUUCCUCAGUCACUCAAUCCACACUCGAUUCCUCAACAGCUGCCGUCAAUGCAGCUGCAACGGCCUAUGCAGCCUCCUCAGCAUGUUAGACCACCCAUGCAGAUAUCUCAGCCAUCAGAGCAAGGAAUAUCGUUGCAAAACCAGUAUCAGAUUCCAUUGCAUCCGAUGCAGAUGAUGCAACAGCCGCAAGUCCAGCCUUACUAUCACCCACCUCAACAACAAGAGAUCUCUCACGUGCAGCAACCGCAACCACAGCAACAGGCUGUUCAAGGUCAGCAAGGGGCUGGUACUUCUCAGCGACAAGAAUCUGGAAUGUCAUUACAUGAUUACUUGCAGUCCCCAGAAACCAUCCAGGCUCUACUAAGUAACCGCGAGAAGCUGUGUGAGCUUCUGGAACAGAAUCCAAAGCUAAUGCAGAUGCUUCAGGAAAAACUAGGGCAGCAGUGAGAAGAAAGAGCGACAACUCAACAAAUAUAUCUAUCCCUUGCUUAUCAGUUAUCAGUUGCUUUCGGUUCAUCUAGUGUUUAAUAUACAGUAUAACAUGUACAUUGUUUCAGUUUGAUAUGUAGACUGUAAACGCUCGGUUGUUGUUGUUUAGUUUAGACUGGUGUACAUUGGUAAAGAAGAGAAACAUUCUUCACGUCCGAGUC